UCAUGGUGUCAAAGUGUGAUACUCAUUUCCAAGAUUGUCCCCCCCCACCCCUUUUUUUCCCUUAUCCUGACGACGAAAUCAGUAAAAGAAACACCUGGCGUGAUCUUAUUACAAAGUCCAGCAGUACCAUCUUCCCAUGUUUAUCCGGUGUUAUCGGGACGCCAAUGGCAGCAUAAACACUCACCGCAGGAUGUCCUCACUACUUUUCAGAAAGCAGUUGUCACUACUCCGACGUGGAAGCAUACAUAAAACUAGCCCAGGUCCGUCUUUAAACUCGUUUUCACAUCGCAUUGUUAGCUAGCCGAAGUCAUGUGACGUGUUUGUGACAACACGGCAGGGACUCCUGGACUUCGCCUUCUUGAGUGUUACACUACUUCGAUAUAUAAAUAGGCAGCGCAGAUGCAGUCGACCAGAACACAGUCCACAAAGAGACACAAAAGAGCAGUCAUGAGGGUCUUUGUUUUGUUCGCUUUGGCGCUAGUUUCUGGCUGCAAUGGCAACUUCUUCCAUGCCGACGCACCCAAGACACGGAUGGAGGCUCUGACCGACGCUUUCUGGGACUACAUCGCGGAGGCCAGUAAACUUGCCGACGACACCCUGGAGAUGGUGACAAAGUCGGACUUUGGAGCUGAAGUCAACGCUCACUUGGCCGAAACCGCCGACGUGGCCAGCAGAUACGCCAGUAACCUGAAGGAGAAGCUUCCCUUGGCCACCCAGGGCCUGAUGGUCAAGAUCAGCGCCGAGGCCGACGUCCUGAAAAAAGUGCUGAGCCAGGACCUGAGCGCGGUCAGCGAGAAGGUUGAUCUGUUAUCUGACAGCAUGAAGUCCCAGAUCAAGGAGAAGGUGAAUCGGUUGAAGCAGGAGCUGACCGCUUACGCCGACAGCGUUGAUGCGGACCAGCUGAGAGACACCCUGCAGCAGCACAGCAAGGUGCUGAUGAACGGCCUGAUGAGUAGCAUCAGCAACGUGGAGCGCAAUCUGGAUCCCUUCGCCAAGGAAAUGGUGGAGCAGGUUAACCAGCACCUGAUGGCCUUGAAAGAAAACAUCAUGCCCGUGGCCCAGAGGGUGCAGGAAGACUUUCACGAUGGAAGCAGAAAGGUGCACCGCGUGGUGGCCCCCUACGCCGAAGACCUGAAGGAGAAGCUGCAGCAUUUUGCUGUGGACCUCCGGGAACACCUCGAGGCCUUCGUCAACAGUAACUAACUUGAGCUCAAGAGAUUCUCCUUGAAAUGUCGCUAAAAUCCAAAUUCUAUUUAUUCCCUACUUCGAUUGAUUGACAAAUAUUUGUUUUGAACUUUGUUGCUGUUCUCGAUUUUCUUAAGGAAAAUAAACACAAUUUUUUAUCAAACAAA